UUAUUCGCGAGCUCAGAAUCUUUCACCAUGCUUGACCCCACUACUCGGCAUUGUGUAAGUUACACCGAACAUAAUGAACAGACGAGCGUUGCGCAGUGCAGAGCAAUUGGCAGAAUUACGUGGCAAGCCGACAGCAUGUUCGAAGUGCCAUUCACGAAAAGUCAAAUGCUCAGGGGAACAGCCCUGCUCUAAUUGCAUACAAUCUGGGAGUGAAGCUGAGUGCACAUUUCCCAAGCGGGAUCGGCAACUGAGAGUGAGCCAGAACUACCUGGAAGAUUUACUCGCCGAGAACGAGAAACUUCGCCGGCUAGAAGGAAGUAAUUUGCCCCGAAAGGACGACAAUGUUGAAAAUGAAAGGUCCCGUACAGGUUCCGGAAGACAAGAACAGACGGAUGGCCCAAUCCAAAAUCCUCUCUUUGGCGAUAGACCUUGGUUCCACGAUACACCCGAUAUCCCUAUUUUGAUCGGCGAAGCUGCCGAUGCUGCUUUUGCAACCCGCUUCUGCCAAACAUUAUCCGAUGGGUCUUUCAAGCAUAUCCAGAGGGUCUCAUUUCCAGCUGACAGUACCAUGGCAAUACUGGGUGCAUCAUCUUGCCAACCACCAACUCGCGGCAGAGCGCGGUUUCUUAUGAAGGCUGCCAUCAGAGUAGUUUCCCAGCACUAUCAUAUUGUUCUCAAAAGUGUUGUCUUUGCCACUCUGGAGAGGUUCCUUCAUCAACCAGCUGUAUUGGAUGUCCUUCUCACCUCAAAGAUUUGGGCUCUGUUGGCGCUUGGGGAGAUGUAUACAGCACGAUCCGGCAGUAGAGACAAUUUUCCCGGCCUGGCGUAUUUUGCCCAAGCGAACAAAGCUCAACAAGUAGUAAAUGAGCGGCCAAGCCACGACUCCAUAGAAGUAUUACUUCUUCUGUCCCUUUAUAACCUGCUUUGCAACAGGCGGCAUUCUGCUUGGUGUCUAGCUGGUUCGGCUGUCCGACAAGGCCUGAUCAUGGGCCUGCACUUGAACGUGCCUGAGUCGCAAUUGAGCGACAGAAUCUUGAUAGAACAUCGCAGAAGAGUCUGGUGGACCGCAUACGAAUUCGAUAGACUUCUAGCAGCUCGUCUAAGUCAACCAUUCUCGAUACAAGACGAUGAGAUUCAGGUCGACCUACCUUCCAGCGUAGACAUGCCUAUUGACAGCAAGGAAGAUUUUACGGAAGCGAGCGAUCUUGUCAAUAGAAUCAAGCUUGUCAAAUUGACAGGACAGAUCACAACGCUGCUCUAUGGAAGAAAGCUACAGAAUGAUUCAUUCUUGCAACGAGUACAGCAGGCACUCAAAGACCUCCAAGACUGGUUUCAUAAACUUGAAGGGUUGUUUGACACCGAAGGGCAAAGGUUUACAAAGGCAACUUCAGGACCUACAAGGGCGUUACUGCUCUCUUUUAAUCAGUGCAUGAUCGUCGCCACUCGCCCUGUAGCCCUGUAUGUGCUCAGGGCUCAUCGAGGAACGAAGACAUCAACUACGAGCCAAUCCACCCCAGUCAUCCCUGACAACGCGCAGGCACUGACCGAUGCAUGUGUGCGAUGUGCCAGACACUCGCACUCCCUAUUGAUGGAUUCGUGGGUAGACGGCUCCUUCUUUACGUUCGAUUACUUCGAUACACUCAACCUUUUCUCUGUCGCAACAAUUCUGGCUGUAUCGAGUCUACUGAAUGCACCUGGGUCAUCGAAAGACCGUGACGAUUUUGAGCUAUCUCUACAGUUGCUCACCGACUUGAAAGGUAACGGGAAUUGUGCAGCUGUAGAAUUUUCUCGUCAUCUCGAGUCAAUGAAAGCAUGCAUGAAUAGAAUCGAGGAUUCUGAACAUAUCUCCGAUGUAAAUGACGUCGAUGGCUUGGACAUUACGGUUCCCAAUUUCAACGGAAUAGGCCUGCCUUAUGCAUCAUCAAGUACCACGUAUAAUAUGACAGCAGGUAUGGCCUUAGCCGAACCGUCAAUGCAAGCGUUCCUUGCGCAAACCGAUCCAAACUUCCAGCAAAUGGAUCUCUCACUCCUGCAUCAUGAGCUCGAUGGCUUCUAUUGGCCAGAAGGCUGAGAGCUGAUGACCAGUAAGUCGCAUAUACCCGAGCAUUCACUGGUCUCCAUGCGACAACCCAUCUUAUCCCA